AUCUAUUUUUGGAAAAUGAUGUUGGGAACUCACGCGCUGCCUUCUCGGAUAACCAUCUCGAAGUGGACUGCCCACUUCUCCUCUCCACCGCCUCGAACGCAUUCACCUGCUUUAGCCCCUCGGUUUCUCUACUUCCUCCGCCUCCGGAGGUUUGUCCGCUUAAAUACUCCCAUGGCCGGAGCAGGAUCUGCCUCCGCCGCCGUCGAUGGUGAGCCGACGCCGGAGCACGUUGUUGGAAAGUGGUUCUCCGUGCCGGAGCUCCGUCUGCGUGAUCAUCGCUUCGCCGUCCCUCUAGAUUACUCCCUCGAUCCUACAACUUCUCCGAAGAUAACCAUCUUCGCUCGCGAAGUCGUCUCAGUUGGGAAAGAAGAACAAGCAAUGCCUUAUCUGUUGUACCUACAGGGCGGUCCUGGAUUUGAGAGCCCACGACCAAGUGAAGCGAGUGGAUGGAUACAGAGAGCGUGCGAAGAAUUUCGUGUUAUCUUGAUGGAUCAGCGAGGAACUGGCUUAUCAUCUCCUUUGACAACAUCCUCUAUGCUGCAAUUCAAGUCCCCCAAGGAAUUAGCGGAUUAUUUGGUUCACUUUCGAGCUGACAAUAUUGUGAAGGAUGCUGAGUUUAUUCGAGUUCGUCUAGUUCCUAAUGCAGAACCAUGGACGAUUUUGGGCCAGAGUUUUGGUGGAUUCUGUGCAGUUACAUAUCUGGGCUUUGCGCCAAAAGGGCUACAACGAGUCCUUAUAACCGGAGGAAUUCCUCCGAUUGGAAAGGGAUGCACAGCAGAUGAUGUGUACGAGGCAUGUUUUGAACAAGUCAUUCGCCAGAACGAGAAAUACUACAAUAGGUUUCCUGAAGAUAUUGAGAUUGUUCGGGAAGUGAUAAAUUAUUUGGCUGAAUCUGAAGGAGGCGCGGUACCUCUUCCUUCUGGAGGCAUCCUCACACCGAAGGGUCUGCAAACUCUUGGCCUGUCUGGUUUAGGGUCCAGUACUGGUUUUGAGCGCCUGCAUUAUAUGUUUGAGAGAGUCUGGGACCCUGUAUUAGUUCCUGAAGCACCUAAGUGUAUUAGUCAGUUCUUCUUGAAUGCUUUUGAGAGUUGGCAAUCUUUCCACACAAACCCACUCUAUGCGCUUCUACACGAGACAAUAUACUGUGAAGGUGCCUCAUCAAGAUGGUCUGCUCAUAGAAUACGUGCAAAAUUCGAGAGCAAGUUUGAUGCCAUCAAUGCAGCCAGAGGAGGUCAGCCUGUACUCUUCACAGGAGAGAUGAUAUUUCCAUGGAUGUUUGAUGAGAUUCAUGCCUUGAAGCCUUUCAAAGAAACCGCCCAUCUUUUGGCAGAGAAAGAGGACUGGCCUCCAUUAUACGAUAUCACCGCAUUGAAGAGUAACAAGGUACCUGCAGCAGCAGCGGUUUACUACGAUGAUAUGUAUGUGAACUUGAAGCUAGUAAAGGAAACAGCUUCUCAGAUAGCCUCGAUUCGGCUAUGGAUAACAAACGAAUACAUGCAUUCAGGCCUUCGUGACGCAGGGCGACAGGUUCUGGAUCAUCUGUUUGGAAUGAUCAAUGGGAAGAAACCUCUUUUCUGAUCUCUCUCUUUCAUAUAUAAAUUAGUCACUGUUGUACCCUUAGCUCUUUUCAAAGUUUGGCCGGUUCAGACCAAUUUUCGGUUUGGUUUGGUUUGGUUAACCAUCUAUGCAGUUGAAUAAACAGUGGAUGAAUGAGUUUUUUUUUGUAAAGGUUGUGUUGUAUGUGUAUUGAAACGAAACGUUUGAGUUUAGUUUCAAAAUUGGUGAAUAUUGGAUCA